AGAUCAGAUCAGUCCGUCACACUCUCCAUCUCUGCUGUUUGAUAUCCAGACACACUAAUCCCAUGGUUGAAACCAGCUGUUGACUCUUCAUCUUUUCUCGUCUCACCUACCGUUCCUCUUUAAUCUGAUAAGAUUUCUGCAAGCACACCAGUAUGGGAGAUUGGGGAUUUCUGUCCAAACUGCUGGACAAAGCCCAGGCUCAGUCCACAGUUAUUGGGAAGAUUUGGAUGACUGUACUUUUUGUCUUCAGAAUCAUGGUGUUAGGAGCUGGAGCUGAGAAAGUGUGGAGUGAUGAACAGUCUAGCAUGAUCUGCAACACCAAACAACCUGGCUGCAAAAACGUGUGCUACGAUCACAAAUUCCCCAUUUCGCACAUCCGCUUCUGGGUGCUUCAGAUCCUCUUUGUGGCAACCCCAACUCUGGUCUACCUGGGCCAUGUUAUGCACAUAAUGCACAAAGAGAAAAAACUGAGAAAACACACUGAGAUGCAUGGACACAAACUGCCCAAGUACACUGAUGAGACUGGUAAAGUUCACAUCAAAGGGUCACUUCUAGGUAGUUACUUAACCAGUCUUGUCUUUAAGAUCUUCCUUGAAGCAGGUUUUAUCGUUGGCCAGUACUAUUUGUAUGGUUUUGUGAUGGAACCAAGAAUUGUAUGCACCCGUGACCCCUGUCCUCACACUGUAGAGUGUUUCAUGUCUCGACCCACAGAGAAAAGUAUCUUCAUUAUUUUCAUGCUUGUUGUGUCAUGUGUUUCUCUGAUGCUCAAUGUGAUGGAGAUCUUCUACCUGCUGUGUCGCCGAUCCAGGAGACGGCAGAUUGGUUCAACACAGCCAGGUAUCAGUGAGUAUACAAGCUCUGCUCUACAUUACAACAAAGCCUGACAUACUCACUGCACACAACACUAUUAUCACCAAACAAGACCGUUUAACUUUGUCUGAGGAGAAAUCUCUGAAAUGCAGAUAAUUCAAACUGUGUGAAACCAAGAUUUUCUUUUAGACUAAGGUAGACGUUACUUUCUAUGCAACAUGCAUGAUUUCUUUUUUUCACCACGUGAGGUUUUUUAAGUGCUAUAAAAAAAAAAAACACCAUCCGUAUAAGACAAUAUUCCUUCAUCUCUGUUGUCAGAACCUAUUUGGCUUCUGUUUCUGCUCUAAUCUAGCACUUACUCAUUUAUCAUGUCCAAUAAUCACAGAACCCUGUCUAAGCCCAUGGGGGCAACAUGACUGUUGUUACAGUGGAGAACAGUACAGGAAGAGGGUAGGGAUGAGAGCUGGUUAUGGUGCACCAUACAAAGCCUAGCCAGGCACUUCACUGUUCCUGUUUGUCAUUAGUAUAGUGUUAUAUUGGCAUAAAGGCAACUUCUGGCACUCAUCAGCCAUUUUCUCACAGUGCACAGGUAGUUCCUGUAUCUCUCACUCACUCACUCACUCACUCAUUAUCUAAGCCGCUUAUCCUAAUCAGGGUCGCCGGGGGUGCUGGA